CAACUCCGAUGGAGGGGACGGGGACCACAGAACAUGAAUGACCGUCGGCAAUGCUACCCACCCCCAUGCUCCUCGGUAGGUACUUUUGGUACGCAGUCAGCCAUCCUGACCUUGAACCUACCAAGGUAGUACUCGCUCAAUAAGGACCAAUGUAUGUUGGCACCCCGCCCGUCCUCCCUCCUCCUCUCUCCCUCUUCGACCCCGUCCAAAUUUCAAAUUUAUUCUGAAACCGGUCCUCUGCCCGAACUUUGUGUGUCCAACAUCCAGAUUUCGGAACAGCGUCCUUCACCAUGGCGCCUCUUCGGCCAGUGCUCAUUCUCGCGCUGGCGACUAAUGUAAUGGGCGCAUCCGACAACAUGGGCCCUGCCGCCUUCUUUUGGCCGCCCGACCGUGCCUGGUCCGAACAAACGGACAACACGGCGCCGUGUGGCUCUGUUACUGGCGUCGGCAACAGAACAGAGUUUCCCCUGAGCGGUGGUAAGAUUGCGUUUACCGCCCAAGACGAUUCCUACAACACGCAGUUGAGCAUCUCUUUCAGCAACGACCCCCAAUCCCAAUCCGACUUCACCCCGCUCACCACGACCCCCAUCCCGGAGCUCGACCCGGGGCACACGUGCGUAUCGAUCGACUCCUCCUCCUCCUCCUCCUCGCCGCUCGCGGGCGCGGCAGCGGGCACCCCCGCCACCAUCCAGAUGCGCUACACGGCCGACUUCGACCGGCCCGAGAACCAGACCUUCUACGCCUGCGCCGACGUCGUCCUCGUCCCCGCCGCCGCCUUCAACCCGGCCGACGUGCCCUGCUUCAACGCCUCCGACCCGAUCGACGUGCCCGCUCCGACGGCCACCGGGGCGCCGACGGGGCUGCCGGGCCAUGGGGAGGACGGGCCGCCUUUGGUGGAUGGGGAUGAGGAUGAUAGUGAGAGUGUUGAGGGGGGUGGUGGUGGUGGCGGUGGGUUGUCGGCCGGGGCGAUUGCUGGCGCUGUGGUGGGGAGUGUGGUUGGGUUUGCGCUGAUCGUGGGCCUGGGGUUCUUGUUCUACCGCGAGCGUGAGCGUAAGAAGAGGCUGGUGCGGGAGAGGGAUGCUGGAAGGACUGUUAAGUGGGUCGAUGACGCGCAGGGCCGCGGUCAGGCUGGGAAGGACUCGACGUCGGUCGCUGGGGAGAGCAUCAGGAUGGGGAACCUGUCGGCGCAGGGUUGAUUGAAUGUGUGGGGGGUGGGUGGCAGUUGUGGUGGUGUGUAGUUGAGAGUUUUGACAUUUUGGUUCUCUACUACUGCCAAUCUGUGUAACUUAGGCUACGACGAGGCUUGCUGGAUGUUUUGCGGUUUGUCUUCAGGAAUGUCUCAGAUUGUUAGCAUCUCGUGUUAUCCAAGUCCGAUCAAUGUAGACGAAACCCCACAGCGUUGUGGCAAUGUGCAUCGCAC